CGUCCAAUUGGACGAUUCGUCGUUCGUUCGGCUGUUUAUUGGCUGUCGAACGCGAAAGAGCCUUCCAUGGAGAGAGUUCCCGACCUGCUUCCGGCUAUCACAGCCGAGCCGCUGGCGGCGGAGCUCGCCAUUGUUUUCUUCCACGCCGCGGUGUCUGCGCCUGGGCGGGCCACCCUCGUCGCCUCGCCCUUCCCGGCGGCUCUCCUCCGCACCCCGCUGACGGCUCGCGGCGGAUACGCCCGGCUGCCGGCGGCACCGGUGCGCGGCGGUGCUGCGCCUGCCGGUGAGCCUGAUUGGGACCUCGCCCUGCGCACGCUCGGCAAGCUGCCGUCCAUGUACGCCGUGGCGGCCGCCACGGGCGCGCAGGCGCUGAUGCGCCUCUCGACAGCCGCUCUCCGGCUGCUCGCCUUUCUGCUCAUCGGCGAGCCAGACGCGGCCCCGCUGCGCUUUGCGCUUGUUCGCAGCUGGCCGGCGCCUAGCUGCGCGGGUGUCGACGGCGAGCUUGCCGCCGCGCUCGCCGAGCUCGCGCCGCACGCUGCCCGCGAGCUCGCCGCGGUAGUGCGGGUCGACCACGCCCGAGCUCACGGGUGGGACGCCGACUGCGCCGCCCACGGCGUGAGCCUGGCCUUUCACGGCUCGCCGCUGGAGAACUUCCACUCAAUUCUGCGCAACGGCUUUGAUCUGGCCUACGCCCGCCGCGAUGCCUUUGGCGCCGGCCUCUACUUUACCUCGCAGCUCUCGGUAGCAGCAGCCUUUGCGCCGGCCUUUCGUGGCGGUGCCGGCCGCUUCCGCCCCACCUCGCACCUGCCGCUCCCGCUCCGCAUUGUUGCUGUCGUCCACAUUGUCAACCAUCCCUCGGUCGAGUGUGGUGCCCACAAGCGCUCCGCUGCCGCCGCGCUCCUCUCGCUCACGCCGCAGGUGCCCGAGUCGUACUUUAUUGUCCGCGACACCUCCCUUGUCCGCGUCGUCGCCCUCCUUCUCUUUACAGCCCACCCGAUCCCUGACCACGCCGCUCCGCUACUCGCAUGGCGUGCUGCCGAUGCCGAUGCCGCGGCUGCGCGCCAGGUCGUCGGUCCGGCCGCUGCCGCCGCCUCGCAGGCUGCGCUCCCCGUCCCGGCCCACCCUGCCGCGCCUGCUGCCGCACCUUCUCUCGGUGGUGCCGCCAUUGCCUCGCGCCUGCUCCUUGGCAUUGUCGUGGCGUACACGGUCUGGCUUGUCGCCAUGGCCUUGCUCUCGUCGACGGUUGCCGGCAAGCGCCUGCGUCGCGCGUUGCGCAAGUGGACGUGA